AUGCCAGAUGUCAACAAGAAAAAUUCUCUCAAGUGCAACUACUGUGAGAAAAUUUAUCAUGGUGGAAUAACUAGAAUGAAAUUCCACCUUGCUAAAUUUCCUGGACAAGGUGUUGCAAAGUGUCCAAAAGUUCCUUCUGAUGUCAUAGCACAAAUGCUUAAGUUACUUGCAAAGAAGAUUAAUAACAAGAAAAUGAAGGAUAAGGAGAAAGAAGAGGAUAGAGCUGCUGUGGAUUUGAGCCAUUCUGAAGGAGAGGAACAUAGUGAUGCAGAGGACAACAACUCAAUUAUUGUGUUGAAAGAUGCAAAAAGCAAAGGUAUCCCACACAACACUGUUAAGCUUCCUAGCUUUGAUCUCAUGCUAGAGGCUAUUGGAGACUUUGGCAGGAACUUGAGAGGGCCAACUCCAUAUGAGAUGAGUGGGAAAUUCUUACAAAAAAGGAAGAAGAAAGUGCAGGAGUCAUUGAAGUCUCAUAAAGAGUCUUGGGAGCUACAUGGAUGCACAAUUAUGACAGAUGCUUGGACAGACAGGAGAGGUAGAGGUGUGAUGAAUUUGGUAGUUCAUAGUGCAUAUGGUGUUUGUUUUCUUGAUUCAGUGGAUUGUUCAGCUGUGAAGAAGGAUGGCAGGUACAUUUUUGAACUGGUUGAUAGGUGUAUUGAGGAGAUAGGGGUACAAAAUGUAGUUCAAGUUGUAACUGACAAUGCAAGACCCAAUGAGACAGCAGCAAGUUUGUUGAAAGCAAAGCAUCCCUCUAUCUAUUGGAAUGGCUGUGCUGCCCAUACCAUUGAUUUGAUGUUGGAAGAUAUAGAAAAAAUGCCAGGAGUUGCCACAACAAUCAGCAAGGCAAAGUGCUUGACUGUUUUUCUAUAUGCCCAUACUAGAGUUUUAAGCUUGAUGAGGAAGUUUCUUUCUAAAGAUUUGGUAAGGUGUGGUGUUACAAGGUUUGCAACAGCUUAUCUCAACUUGAAGAGUUUGCUAGAAAACAAGAAACAACUGCAGAGGCUUUUUAGAGAUGAUGAGCUCAACGAACUUGGUUACCUAAAAAGUGCCAAAGGGAAGAAAGCAAAUGGUAUUGUCAAAUCUGAAAAUUUUUGGAAAGGGGUUGAGACUGCUGUGAAUUACUUUGAGCCAUUAGUUAAGGUGUUGAGGAGAAUGGACAGUGACGUUCCAGCUAUGGGAUUCUUGUAUGGUUAUCUCAUAGAAGCUAAGAAUGAGAUCUCUAAGAGGUUCAACAAUGAUAGGACCAAGUUUGAAGACGUUUUUCAAUUCAUUGACAAUAGGUGGAACAGUAAGCUGAAGACACCUUUACAUAGGGCUGGUUACUACCUCAACCCAUUCUAUUACUAUCAAAACAAGUUGGCUAUUGAGGAGGAUGCAACUUUUAGAGAUGUUGUAGUCAAUUGCAUUACCAAGCUUGUUCCAAAUGAAGAGACUCAAGACAAGAUCAUUGAAGAGCUGGAGAAGUUUCAGAAUGGUGAAGACUCCUUUGGCAAAGAUAUGGCUCAAAGGCAGUGGAAAAACAUCAAUUUUGAUCCAGUUCAGCCUCUACCUCUAGUGAUAUUUUUACUUAUUGAUAGUUUGACAAUGAAACCUAUGCAGGUCCACACAAAGAGAUGCAACAGACUCCUUCAUGACAGAAUGAGGGAUCUUGUGUUUAUCAAAUUCAACUCAAGACUAAAGCAAAAGAGGGACAACAAGGAUAGAGAUCCCAUUGAGAUACCUGUGCAUGAUGUAAUUUUAGAAGAUGGAGAGAAUGAGUGGAUCACUGGCAUUGAACAAACAGAAGGAGGUUCAGAUCAAGAAAAAGAAAAAGAAACUGGAGCAUCAUCACAAGGACUUGUAGCUGCACCUAGAGUUGAGAGAACUAGGAGAGGUGGCCAGGAAAAUUCAAGGAGUAGGAAGAGAAAGCGGUUGAUCCCAACAUUUGAGGAGGAGGUGUCAUCUCCAUCUUCUGACGGGGGAGAUGACAAUGAUAUUGAUGAUCAGCCUAUUGGUUCAGAUUCUGAGGCUGCACCAUUAAGUCCAUCUUCAUAUUAG